UCAACUAGGAAAUAUUUUCAGUAAGACACUUGAGUUCAGUUUACAUCAUGAUUCGAAUUUUGGUUUUAAUGAUUACAUUCACUCUAAUGACUGGUAGCGCUCUUUGUUCUAUCGAGCAACUUAUGCGGGUCUUUGGCGGUGGAUCUGUUGGAGGAGGUUCUAGGCUAGAUAUCAACAGAAGGGUAACUAUAGUUCCACCCGAAGGCGACUUCUCCUUUGGAUAUGGCUUUCGUCCUGUAUUCUAUUGAUUGGGUCUGCAUCUAUUUUAUUUGUUUAGUGUUGAGGGCAGCUGGUUUCAUAUACAGCGUAUACGCUUUGUAAUAUUUAAAUAAACUAUCCAAUGCUACAAAUACAAUCAAUGUUGUCACAUUAAGA